UUGCACAUCAGACAUAGUGCCACGUAAGCAGUGCCACGUCAGACGCAGUGCCACAUCAGCAUCAUGACGGGCCUGCCGGGCCAACUGGCCAAUGAGACCAUUGCCGCCUACAAGCAGCGUUGCCUCGCUCAGAUAGAGGCUAAGGAACAACGCCUGCUGGCAGUCGAGGCUGCCCGCAUACAAGCUGAAGAGGCAGCAGCAGCAGAGAAACUGCGGCUACAGGCCGAUGCAGAAGCAGAUGCCCAGGCUCGCCGAAAGGAAGCCCAGGAUCUGCUGCAGCGGCAUGAAGCCAACAGCAUCGACAGACUCAGGUUCUGGCACUUUGAACCGAACGGCGACGAGGCAACACCGGAAGAGAAGCACAAGGAGUUCCUCUCCAAACUCGUGACAAGGUUGUUGUGCGCUUGCAACUACCAACGGUCAGAGUUGGAGAGACAGCAUCAGGAGUUGGCAAAGCUCCGCCGCAUAGUGCASAGCCACGAGGAYGCAACUCGGGCACUCAAUUCCCGAUUACUGGACCUGGAACAGGCUGUACCARGACCAGCUGCUGGGGCUUCCAGCAGUGCACCCUCUAGCCGCCAACUGGAGGACCGCGUUGACCAUGUAGUCGCAAUGCUCGGCGACAUCAGCACGUUUGCUGCGCCGACCACCACCAUCAGCAGUCAGCUGCAUACACUGAAGACCGAGGUCCAGAAGCUGCAGUUGACGAACGCGGACGACAAUCCGAAGAUGUACAAGAUGCCAACUUUCAACCUGGAGAGGUUCGACGAUUACACGCAGCAGGAUCCCGUCCUCUGGUGGGAAGCAUUCACAACGCAACUCCGGAUUCUGCCAGUAGCCAAGCAUGCGUACAUCGGCGCCCUGUUCCUGAACUCAAAGGGCGGAUGCCAGACCUGGUUGAGCCACCUGGCAACCUCCCACGGCGUCGACGUACCAGACUUGAAGGACGUAAUCACAUGGGAGGAACUGACACGGUUGUGGAAGAAGCGGUUCAUCGUUGACGACGCGCCGGCACUCGCCAUCAACCGUUUGUUCACCAUGUCACAGGGUCACGGAGUGGCAGAAGAUUGCGGUUGCCGGAUCUUCGCCGACCUUCUCCUCCCUCGACCAGCCGACAUUGACGUUACCUGCUCUCCCUCUUCCAUCCGGAAGUACAGGGAAUUGUUGACUCAAGCCCGCGCAAAUAUGCAAAAGGCUCAAGUCCGCAUGCAGCAGCAAGCCAACAGGCGUCGCGUCCCAUGUCCCAUCCGCGCCGGUGAUCUGGUUUGGGUCUCCGCGGAAGAGUUUGCACUGGAACAGGAUGUUUCACGCAAACUGCUUCCCAAGUGGUUUGGACCUUGGUCGGUGACAGCAGCCGCGGGCGAUGAGCCCGAUGGCCCUUCAUUUGUGAUCAACAUUCCAGAGCAUCUGACGGUCCAUCCGGUCUUCCACGCCUCGAAGCUGGCAACUUACAUGCCAGCCAAGAGCGACGACUUUCCGGGCCGACGAUCGCAAGACCCUCCUUCUAUGGACGGCCAUCAGGAAGUUGACCGCGUCAUCUCCGAUCGCAAGUACGGCAGCAAGCCGCGGCAGUAUAAAGUCACAUUCAAAGCAUGCKAUCGCGACGACACUCGGUGGAUAUCAGGCGCAGAUUUGAAAGCAUCCGCACCGCUGAUCUACGCGCAUUAUGAAAAGCGCAGGUAAGCUCAGGAAGUUUCACGACCAGCCCCUCCCACCCGGACUAUGGUCCCUCCCUCAGACAGACAGCUUCGCCCUCG